AUGGAACCUGGUGACACCAUCAUUGACGGCGGAAACGAGUGGUACGAGAACACCGAGCGCCGAAUCCACGAGGUCUCGGAAAAGGGCCUCCUCUACCUUUGGAUGGGCAUGUCGGGGGGCGAAGAGGGUGCCCGUAACGGCCCUUCUCUCAUGCCCGGGGGAUCCUAUCAGGCCUACACCAAUAUCCAGGACAUACUCAAAAAAGUUGCCGCCCAGGUAAAAAACGAUGGGCCGUGCGUCACCUAUAUCGGCGAGGGCGGCUUGGGGAACUUCAUGAAAAUGGUCCACAACAGGAUUGAGUUUGGCGACAUGCAGCUCAUCUCGGAGGCCUACGAUGUGUUGAAGAACGUUGGGGGGCUAUCAAACCAGGAACUUACGGAGAUCUUUGCGGAGUGGAAUAGAGGGGAAUUGGAGAGUUUCUUGAUUGAGAUUACUGCAGAUAUAUUCAGGGUUAAGGACGAACAUGGAGAUGGGGAUUUGGUGGAUAAGAUUUUGGAUAAGACCAGAAUGAAAGGAACCGAGAAAUGGACUGUCCAGCAGGCAGUGGAGCUCACAGUUUCGGCAAUCACCUCCGACAUCUCAACUCCGAUUCCGAGAACUCCGAUCGGAGUCGAACUCCGAUUCCAAUCGGAGUCGGAAUCGGAGGUGGUUUUGACAUCCGACUCAAGUCGGAGUCGGAGGUCGGAUGUGGGCAUUUCGACUCCGUUGGAGUCGGAGCCCACCCCUACAUGCAGAGAGUAA